CUUUUGAUCCUGAUACUGGCGACACAAUCGGAAAAUUCAUGGAAGGAAAUGGUCUACAUGACAUCGAGAAAUGUUCCAGUAUGACUCAUUCUGAUCCAAGCGACAAAAAAUCAGCUACUCUUAUCUGGAUUGCACCAGAUGACAAAUCUGGUAAAGUAAAUUUCAGAACCACUGUUGUCAAGGAAUUCAACAUGUUUUGGGUGAGAAUGUUGGCCAAAGUUGAACCACUCCCGUUUUCUGCUGAUCAAACUUCAGUUGACAAAGUUGACAGUUCGUGAACAUACAUAAAAACAGAAAAUAAAGCUUUUAUUUAGUACUUAUCAAUAAAGGUUUAUACGACUUUCUCGUAAAUAAAAAUAAAUAUGCUUUAUUUUCCAAA